AUGGAACGUGAAAUUGUCCCAGGUUUAUAUCAUUCCCUCAGUGAUGGGGACGAACCGCCAGACAGGCUGCGACGUCAAGACAGUUUGAGCAAAGAUCCAAUACUAUCGAACCCAAAGCAGGUGAUUAUACCUGGAAGAGAGAAAAUUGCUACUCAGCAAUUCGACAAGCCAGAACAGAAACUUACUGUGGUCGCUCCCGAAUCGACAACUGAACGCGAAGGCAUAAUCUUUCAGUGGAUACCUAAACCUCCUUCGCAAGGCGAGAUUGAGGCUAUAAAUCAGCCAUCCACACAACCACAGUCGCUAUUAACAUUGAAUGAUCUUGAGCAAGAAACAGAUAUGGGGCGACUUUGCCUCAUGUCGCCCAGCGCGAGCGCAGAUACUAAAUCACGUACAUAUAAGGAUAUGAACUAUGUCUUAAUCCUUGAGACCAAGGGCUACUUUAUGCAUCCAUCAGACGCGGGACCAACUCCUGAAGAUGUGGCAUUAUGCGCGACUGUUGGUUGA